CAUUUGUUCCACACAUAGUUAACUUGUAAACAUGCCGCCUAAAGUCGGAUCGAAAGGAGCUAAGAAAGCCGCCACUAAGGCGAAGACCCAGAGAACUGGGGACAAGAAGAGGCGCAGGAAGAGGAGGGAAUCCUAUGCCAUCUACAUUUACAAAGUCCUGAAGCAGGUCCACCCAGACACUGGCGUUUCCAGCAAAGCUAUGAGCAUCAUGAACUCGUUUGUCAAUGACAUUUUCGAGAGAAUCGCCGCUGAAGCUUCCCGCCUGGCCCACUACAACAAACGCUCAACCAUCACCAGCAGAGAAAUCCAGACCGCUGUCCGACUUCUCUUGCCCGGUGAAUUGGCCAAACACGCCGUCUCUGAGGGUACCAAGGCUGUCACCAAGUACACCAGCAGCAAGUAAACUCAGCAAGGACUUGAACCUCAAACUCAAACGGCCCUUUUCAGGGCCACACAAUUUUUUCGAAAAGAUGCCUUUUAUAACAAUGCAUUGAGAAACGUUUAUUGGUUGACAUUGCAUAUCUACAAAAUAUGCAUACACACAAGUGUACUAUGUGUGUUGAAACUACACACUGUACUAUAUUGAAAUGGAAUUCAAGACCAGCCAUUCAGAAUACACAAACAAACAAAUGUAUAUCUCAUUGUGUUCAUUUUCAACUGCAUACAUUUCAUCACUUAUUGUGAUAGCUUUGUUUGUAACUUUAACCAGUCAUUGAUCAAAUUGAAACUAAGAUGAAGAUGUUAUCAAAAUACACAUUUUGGCUCUGUUGAAUAUAUAGCAUUAUAGAGAAAUAUUGAUAUUAACAAAAAAAAGUUUCUAAGUCUUAUUUUCUGUCAUUGAAAUAGUAAAUCACAGUUUUGCAGCACCCAACACCCAAAUGACAGCUAAUAGUAUAGAAUAGUAUUUAUUACCAACUCAGGGCCCAAAUGAGCAUAAACAUGUAAUUAAAAGUAUAUAAUUGUUCAUACAAGUAAAGACAAUACACAGUAAAGAGUAAUACACUCAUUGGAGGCAUUUUAAGUUUCGCAUGUAGGCAUUGAUCAGUACUCAGUUGAUACAUGUGUGUUUUCCCUAGUGCAAUAUAUAAUAUGCCUGAUACAUCAACAAGAGGCAGCAAGAGUCGGUGCUAUUUAAAGGAUAGAAAACAGAAACAUGUAGAAUAAACAGAUACACACAAUAUUAUCAUAUGAAAUGUUGAAUCGCAUGUGUAAGAUUAUAUUUAAAAAAUGCACAUGUCCCCCCAACAGGCCCUUAAUAGGUGAAUUGAUAAUGAUAGUCUCUUUAUGAAUCCAAUCUUGGAAAAAAAGUUUGUACAAUAUCUUUCAUGCGACUGCAUAUUGUGUAUUGGUUUAUAUUGUGUAGGUGUGCCACGCAUCAGUAUCUCACGGUUUGCAAUUACUUUCCAGUUACAAUGUACAGAAUUAGUAAAUGCAUAUGUUACGAAAGUCAACUGUCACCAAAUGGUAAACUAGAUACCCAUGUUAAUUA